AUGACUCAAAUUGCUGCUUCUGUUAAUUCUUGUUAUUCCUCAAAUGCGGUGACCAUGAGAGGGGGUAAGACCACUCGUGAUCCACCAUAUCCUAACAUGACAAGGAAACUAGCAAGGAAGGACAACCAGGAUGAAGAAGACAAGGUAGAAGAAGAAGAGCUUCCAUCAACAGAAGAAAGUACCAAGUUCAAUGGGAAAGUGGCACCACAUGAGUUUUACGAUACAAACCUACUGAUGCCAUUCCCCAGGACGAGGAUUCAAAAGACCGAUGAACAAUUCAGCAAAUUUGUUGAGGUAAUUCGACAAUUAUAUGUCAAUAUCCCGUUACUUGAUGCAAUGCAGGUUCUAACCUACGCCAAGUACCUGAUAGACAUCCUCAACAACAAGAAGCCACUACCUAAAACCGAGCUAGCGGAUCAGUCGAUUCGCCAUCCAACGGGAGUAGCUGAGAACAUCCCUGUCAAGAUACGUGAUUUCAUCGUUCCUGUGGAUUUCGUAGUUCUUGACAUGGAAGUUGACAAAAAGGUUCCCCUCAUCCUUGGGAGACCAUUCCUCAGCACUGCCAAGGCACAUAUUGAUGUUGGAGCCGGAGAAAUUCAAUUUACCAUCAAUGGGGCUCAGGAGAAAUUCAACUUCAAGCCAAAAGCUGAGCAGUGCUCAAUGAUCUUGGCUACAGAGCUGGCUACAAUUAUUUCCCUGACGCACACCAAAAAGAAGGCUAAAUCAAAACCACGAGCAAAAGCCAAGCAGAUAUGGAAGUGA